AGGCGGCGAGGCCGGCGGAGUAGCGGGAGCGGGCGGCUCGUCCGGGCCUUCGGGUGCUCCCUUCGCUGCUGGGCGGUGCUGGUGCGGCCGUGGUGGGCAGGGAAAGGCCGGGACCAGGCUCGUGGGCUUCGCUUCUGCGUGCCAGACCCGCGGGACGAAUAUGGAUUCGCAGAAGGAUGUUCAGCCUCCAAAGCAGCAGCCAAUGAUUUACAUUUGUGGAGAAUGUCAUACAGAAAAUGAAAUAAAGGCGAGAGAUCCUAUUAGGUGCAGAGAAUGUGGCUACAGAAUAAUGUACAAGAAAAGGACAAAAAGAUUGGUAGUUUUUGAUGCUCGAUGAUGUCUGCUGAAGAUAGUGACUUCAUGAUACAAUCGUUCUGAUAACUUUGUUCUGUAAAGCUGUUUGUGUGUAAAUGCACGCUCUUUAUUUGUGUUUUAAGAGAUUGAAAUAUUAAAGUUCACUGUAAAACUAAAUUUUGUCUAUAUUGUCUUCCAUCAGUAGAUUUCUAAAGCUGUUGUUUAAAUUGUAGU